AUGAGUUCGAGGGAAAUAGACGCUGAAUCUGGGAGAUUACUAAACGACCAAGAUGGGGCGUUCGAAUGGAGGUGGGAACCUCAAUCUUCCGAUGAAGAAGAUGGUCUGAACCAGGAUGGGGGUGAUGGUUUCAAAACCCCCUCCAAGAAAUUGGUAUUGACUGCAUAUGGGGAGGAAGCGGAAGUUCCUGAAGUGAAGGAGGGUAUGGUUUUUCCUGAUUGGGAGGCAAUUGAUGUUCAAUUGAAGGGUUAUGGUAGGCAAAAGGGUUUUUGUUUUGUCCGUCGUUGUGGUUCGUCAAAGAAAUGUACUUUGUCACAAGAGGAGGGGUCUGGAACGGGAGUAGUAGUUAAACAGCGGCGUAAUUUUAUGUGGACUUGUGAGUGCUAUGGGGUGCCAGAGAGGAAGCGGAAGGUUAGUGGUGAUGUUGGGACAUCUGAUAACCAGGUUCAUGUUGGUAGUGGGGUACGCAAGUCUAAGAAAUGUGAAUGUCCCGUACAUGUAUUUGCUAGUGUCAAUGAGAUAGGGCAGUGGGUUAUACGUAGGUCAUUGAAGGGAAACGCAAAUCACUACCCAACCCCUAGUAAGUCCCGGACAAUUGCUUCGUUUCGGAAGAAGUUCAUUGAAGAUAAUCCCCAUGUCGGUCGGGAAUUUGAGGUUUGUAAGAAAUCUGGGCUAAGGACAAAUCAAGUAUAUAAUUUGAUGUCAACGCGAAGGAAUGGUAAAGCGCACAUGCCCUUUUCAGAGAAGGAUAUUCAUGAUUACCUUGCCAAAAGGAAAAAAGAAAAGAAGAAAGGGGGUGAUGCAAGGGCGAUGUUUACAUACUUUGAGAAGAUGAAGGAAGAUAAUCCAGAUUUUUUUCAUGUCUUUAGGCAAGCUGAUGAUGGUAGGUUGCAAGAUGUUCUUUGGGUAGAUGCUCGUAGUAGAGCUGCGUAUGAGGAGUUUGGUGAUGUUGUGUGCUUUGACACUACCUAUUUGACCAAUUAA